AUGACAGGAAAAGGCGGCGGCAAACAAGGCCCGCAUGAGCGGCGGAGAGGCGAAGCUGCGCUAGGCGAGUUCGCCGAAUUCGUCGAGCAGCAGCAAGCAUUGAGAUAUCCCCGCGCAAAGCCUACUGCUGCGGCUGCCGAACACCACGAGGAACUUGACGUCCUCGAUUCUCUGGACUUCAACGACUCCGAACCCCAGAUACCCCUGCGCGAGCUGCUCUUGUCUCCCGCCGACGACGAAGCUACUUUGGUCAAGCUUGCCAAAUACAUCGACGAACGACUCGAGGAGGGACAUGGCGAAGCCGUCAUCGAGAUUGGAUACGAGAACAAUGGAGACUCGAUGCGCCUCACUCGCGCCGAGUGGGACACUGCAUUGGCGAGAUUGAAGGAAACCGCAAAGAAGUCCCGCGCCGACUGCAAUGUCCUACUCACCAAGAACGUGGGAGGCGAUGCUGAAGCCGAAUCCAGCGCCGCGGGCGGCGAAAGCAAAGACACUGACUGCACUGGCAAGAUCCUGUUGCGUCGCGCACCUUCGAGCGUUGAGGAAGUUAUUGAGACUCGAAUAGCCGUGGUCGGCAAUGUGUGUGAAGUCGAUGCUGGCAAGAGUUCCAUGCUGGGUGUGCUAGUGAAAGGCGACCUUGACGACGGCCGAGGCAAGGCACGUGUCAACCUCUUCCGCCACAAGCACGAGCUUGAAACUGGACGAACCAGCUCUGUGGGUAUGGAGAUCAUGGGGUUCGACACCAUGGGAAAUGUCAUCACUUCAGACACUCCCGGCAGGAAACUGUCGUGGGAAGAAAUCGGCAAACGAAGCGCAAAAGUCAUCACCUUCACCGAUUUAGCUGGCCACGAACGAUACCUGAGAACUACCGUGUUCGGUCUCCUGUCUAGCAGUCCGAACUAUUGCCUCCUAAUGGUUGCCGCCAAUAAUGGGCUUAUCGGAAUGAGUAAAGAGCAUCUCGGUAUUGCCGUGGCACUUAAUGUGCCCAUCAUGGUUGUCGUUACCAAAAUCGACAUCUGCCCUCCCAACAUCUUGGAACAGACGAUACAGCAGAUCACUAAGAUCCUCAAGUCGCCUGGUGCAAGGAAAAUGCCGGUGUUCAUCAACAACCGCGAGGAGUGUAUCAACACGGCAACGCAGUUCGUGAGUCCGCGGAUAUGUCCUGUCUUUCAGGUGUCCAACGUCACUGGGAAGAAUUUGGAUCUUGUUCGGACUUUCCUGAAUAUCCUUCCGCACCAUGGUCGUUAUGAUUCAGACGCACCGUUCGAGUUCCAGGUCAAUGACACCUUCUCUGUUCCGUUUGUUGGUACAGUUGUCAGCGGGAUAGUCAAGUCCGGCUUGGUUCAUGCGGGCGAUAACGUACUCAUUGGACCCAAUUCCAACGGCGAGUUUACUCCGACGAACAUUCGAUCGGUCGAGAGGAAACGCAUCUCCGUUCCUGCUGCAUCUGCUGGACAGUCAGCCAGUUUUGCCCUGAGAAAAGUACGGCGAAAAGACGUGAGGAAAGGCAUGGUCGUGCUACCGAAAGUGGAGGGUGAACCGCUACCGAAGGUGCACAAGGAAUUCGUGGCUGAGGUCCUGAUUCUGUCGCAUGCUACGACCAUCAAGGCCAAAUACCAGGCGAUGCUCCAUGUGGGACCUGUCUCUCAGACUUGCGCCAUUAUCGACAUCGACCGUCCGUUCAUUCGAACGGGCGAUCGCGCAACUGUCGCCUUUCAGUUCAUCCAGCGCCCGGAAUACUUGGCUCCGGGUGACCGGUUACUAUUCCGCGAGGGACGUACCAAAGGUUUGGGGAUAGUCAAGUCUGUUGGCUAUGACCCCAAGCAGCCAUUGAUGUCGCAUCAACCAGAUGGCACUUCGUCCCAAGGCCCCGAUGAGACCAAGGGCUCGGCCGACAUCAAGACCCCGUCCGGAGUUAGGGUCGGGGCCUAG